ACUUUUGACAAAAAUCCAGAGGAGCGGAAGUUCUUAUUUAAGAUAGACACUGCUUUGCUCACUUUGGCGUCUCUUGGUUACUUCAUUAAGUAUUUGGAUCAGUCUAACAUCAAUAACGCGUUUGUUUCGGGGCUCAAGGAGGACCUGGGUUUAUACGGAAACCAACUCAACUACAUGCAAACAUGCUGGACAGUCGGCUAUGUUAUAGGUGAAAUCCCGUCGAAUAUAGUCCUGACUAAGAUACGGCCUCGCUACUGGCUACCAGCUCUCGAGCUGAUAUGGACCAUCCUCACAUUCUGCACCUGCAAAGUCAACAGUGCUACUCACCUCUAUGUCAUUCGCUUCUUCGUCGGUCUCGCCGAAUCAGCUUUCUACCCUGGCAUGCAAUACAUCAUUGGGUCCUGGUACCGUAAAGAUGAACUCGCGAAAAGAUCAUGCAUCUUCCAUACCAGCAGUGCUAUUGCAACCAUGUUUAGUGGUUAUCUCAUGGCCGCAGUCUACCAUCUCGGAGGCGUAGGUGGAUUCAAAGGAUGGCAAUGGCUCUUCAUAGUCGACGGCAUAAUCUCCCUCCCAAUCUGCAUCGCCGGCUUCAUCUUCCUCCCCGACGUCCCCGAAAUAAGCACCGCCUUCUACUUGACAAAAGAAGAGAUUGCUUUCGCGCAGAAACGCAUGCAACUCGAAGGACGUCGUGAACGCCAGCCCUACACUGUUUCCAAGAUCAAAAAAAUCUUGAGUUCGUGGCAUAUCUACAUGCUUACCUUGCUUUACAUCUUCUUCAACAAUGCUUCAGCUUCAGCUCAACCUAUCUUCCAGCAGUUUUUGAAACACUCAAAGGAGCCUAAGUAUAGUGUGGCGCAGAUUAAUGCGUAUCCGACGACUACUAAUGCUGUUGCGGUUGUUACGACGUUGAUUUAUGCGUGGACUAGUGAUGGAUUACUCAAUGGAGCGAGAUGGCCGCCGAUGAUCUUUGGAGCUUGUAUGAAUAUUAUUUGCUAUAUCUCACUGGCUGUUUGGGAUAUUCCUGUGGGGUGGAAGUGGGCUUGUUAUAUCUUGAGUGGUUGUGGAAAUGGGUUGAGUGGGUUGAUCUUUGCCUGGGCCCAUGAGAUUUGUGCCUCUGACAACGAGGAAAGAGCAAUCGUCUCAGCAACCAUGAAUGAAUUGGCAUAUGUCGUUCAAGCGUGGCUGCCUCUUCUGGUCUGGCAGCAGGUGGAUGCUCCUCAGUACCAGAAAGGUUUCAUCACUGUGACCUGCUUGUCUGUAUGCAUCAUCAUCACAGCAUUGGGGACCAGGUUUUUGCAUAAGAGGGAGAUUCGAAGAGAAAAGGAAGUUAUCAGUGGUGAAGCGGCGGGGUCUGAAAGCGGUGUUGAGACACCACCGCAACAGACUGUUGAUGUUCAUCUUGGGGGCAAGGCGUACGUUUGA